AUGUAUUUUCUAUUAUCCCUCCUAACGACCAGCUGGCUGCCCGUCAACGCGUAUCUCUCGGAAUCAUGGUCCCUCAUGUCCAGUGACCGUCCAAACGUCCCAAAAUGUGUCGACAUCCCGGCAAAUUUGACGUUAUGCCAAAAUAUGCAGUACACGCAAAUGCGACUGCCGAAUUUGUUGGAUCACGAUACGUUGAGAGAGGUAAUCGAUGCUUCUCGUGAUUGGGAACGGCUUCUCCAGCUAAACUGCCAUCCAGAUGCACAGCUUUUCCUGUGCUCCCUCUACGCCCCGAUUUGCCUGGACAAGGAAAUUUUACCCUGCAAAUCACUUUGCCAGGCCGUUAAAAAUGGUUGCGAGCCCCGGAUGGCGGCCUAUGGGUUCCCGUGGCCGGAAAUGCUGUCGUGUGGCGGAUACGAGGAGGGAGAUAUGUGCAUUAAGCCGGUGAAUUCGCUAAAACCAACGGAAUCGACAUGUGCAGCCUGCCAGCAAGUUGCUACUUAUGAAAACCUGGUCGACAACUUUUGCAGGAGUUCCCUGGUGGUGAAAGGAAAACUGGGGAAGAUCUCGUCGAAUUCGAUCAAAGUAAGGAAUGCGAGAUCACUGAAGAAGGGGGAUAGAAGGAGAUCUGUUGGAGAAACGGAAAUCCAACUCUCGGCUCAGGGCAAGGAUUGUCCAUGUGAAGUCUUGGAGACGACGGAUAAAAGCGCCCGAGUGCUAAUCAUGGCCAAUCGGGAUGCGCACGGGCAUUUUGUCGCCAAUUUGAUUGUGCCAUGGCAGAAGGAGAAGAAUUUCAAACGUGCCGUCCACUCAUUCCAACGUCUCAACUGUCAUUCGCUAGGGCGGGAAAUUCGGGAAUCAGCACGCCGACGACCCCAUGCGUACCACCUUCGAACACACGAACUGCCGCCCGUU